CACCUCCUGCUCUUCCGUCUCUCUCCCUCUGUUUCUCUCGUUCUCAUCUUGGGCCACGCCAAUCCGCCAUUCAUCGUCACCCAGUCCCACAAUUCAAUCGAAACCGCAAGUUUUAAACCCCACGAAAUUCGAUUAAUUGACAUCGACAUCGACCCCGUCCCGAUCCCCAAGCUGGCGGCCACCUGAACCGGCGCGGAACCCUAGAAUGGGCGAGGCGACGGCGCCGGAGGGGUUGGCGCAUCGGAGGAUAGAGUUCCACGCCGCGAUAAGGCCGCAUGCGACGGCGCUGCAGGCGGUAAGGGGGUUUCGGCCGGAGAGGCUGUGCCCGGACCCUGAUGAGCGCGCGUCUGCGGCGGCGGCGGCGCGGAGUGAGAAGUGGGAGACGGGGGAGCCGAGCGGGUUCGGUCGGGAGCUUACCGCCGCGAGGAUCUACUUGCGGAGAAUCGGGGCUGGCUUGCAAAAUCUCGGCAAUACGUGCUAUCUUAACUCCGUUCUGCAAUGCUUGACGUAUACCGAGCCAUUCGUGGCCUAUCUGCAGAGCGGGAAGCACAAGUCCUCAUGUCGGACAGCCGGAUUCUGUGCAUUAUGUGCUCUUCAAAACCAUGUUAGAUGUGCUCUACAGUCGACUGGGAAGAUAUUGACACCAAUGCAGUUCGUGAAGAACUUAAGAUGUAUUUCACGUAGUUUUCGAAACUAUAGGCAAGAAGAUGCACAUGAGCUAAUGGUUAACUUACUUGAGUCCAUGCACAAAUGCUGUUUACCUUCUGGCAUGCCAAGUCAGUCUCCAAGUGCUUAUGAGAAGAGUCUAGUUCACAGAAUAUUUGGUGGCCGCUUAAGAAGUCAGGUGAAAUGCGUAAGUUGCUCGCACUGUUCCAGCAAAUUUGAUCCUUUCCUGGAUCUCAGUCUUGAAAUUGCCAAUGCUGCUACUUUGGUGAAAGCACUUCAAAAUUUUACUGAAGAAGAGUUAUUAGAUGAUGGGGAAAAACAGUACAACUGCCAGCACUGCAGGCAAAAAGUUGCGGCCAAGAAAAGGUUUACAAUUGAUAAGGCUCCUGACGUGUUGACAAUUCAUCUGAAACGCUUUAGUCCUUUCAACCCUCGUCACAAGAUUGACAAAAAAGUCGAUUUUCAGCCAACUUUGGACUUAAAGCCAUUUGUCAGCAAUUCUGAAGAUAUGGAUUUCAGAUACAACCUUUAUGGUGUGUUGGUUCAUGCUGGCUGGAACACACAGGCAGGUCAUUAUUAUUGCUUUGUUCGGACUUCUAGUGGGAUGUGGCACAAUCUGGAUGAUAACCAGGUUCACCAAGUUCGUGAGGCAGAUGUCCUAAGGCAGAAAGCCUAUAUGUUAUUCUAUGUGCGUGACAGAGUGAGGAGCUCAGUGAUUUUUAAAGAUAAUGGUGCUGCUAAUUAUUACAAAAAGAACCCUAUUCCUGAGAAGAUCACAUGUAUGAAUGGCACAAAUCGAAAUAGUUUAAUGGAAACAACAUUGAACGUUUCCCCAUUUAUCAAUGGAGAUGUGAAGUCGCAGAAGCAGAACUCUGAUAAUGAUCACUCUAGCAUUUUCGGCAGCAGCUCACGAGGCCAAUGUUCAAAAAAUCCUAGCAACAUUGAAGUAAUUGAGGCUGCAACUAUUCAAAACAAUGACAUGGUUUCAGUGCAGCAAGCUCCUAGCUUACAUCCAGUCGGUGCUGCUACCUUGUCCAUCCAAACAAAUAAAACAACUUCAGAUAGUCAAACAGAGACAAUGUCCCCAGCACAGCCUGAUGCUAUUGUUCUUCAUGAUUCAAGUUUUGAUCAGAAGGAACAUGAGAAGCUAUUAGAAGAAAAGCAACUAGAAUCUAAUGGUGCAGUUAGUGAAUCAGGAAAAGAUAUUACUGCUGCCUUGCCUAUAUGCAAUGGUGGUGAUGGAUUGUUGGGAGAAAAUUGCCAGGCUUCUGAAUCACAAAAUCCAUACGGCGAACCAAUUCUUGGUACAAGUAAGGCAGUGGCAAGUCCACAAAUGGUGGAAACCAAGGAUACUGGUCUCUCUAAUGAAACAUUGUCCAUUAGAGAAGAUUUAAUCUGCUGUAAUGAAACUAAGGAGUCAGCAGAGUCUGCGAAGCAGCAUGGUCAAGUUGUUACGGCGAAGGAACUUUCGGUGGAAAAGACUGCACCUAUAGAAAGUACAGUGGAGCAGACACCAGUGCAGUCCAGUAAAUCAGAAGUUGGACAGGCUAUGAUGAAGGAGCUUUAUUUGAAGUACACUGACCAUAUAGCAAAUGCAGAGGAGCCGGCUUCUGUUCGGAACAAUGAAUUGGAGAUUGUGCAGGUCAACUCUGAGAAGCAAAUGUGCUUUGAAGAUUCUGUGCAGCUGAUCUGCUCUGAAGUUUCUGCGCAGCCGAUCUGCUCUGAAGUUUCUGCGCAGCCGAUCUGCUCUGAAGUUUCUGCGCAGCCGAUCUGCUCUGAAGUUUCUGCACAGCCGAUCUGCUCUGAAGUUUCUGCACAGCUGAUCUGCUCUGAAGUUUCUGCACAGGCUAUCUGCUCUGAAGUUUCUGCCCAGGUGAUCUGCUCUGGAGACUCUGCGCCGGUAUUGGAUAAGGAUCCAGGCCUUGGCAAUUUACAUGGUAUGAUGGAUUUUAAGUCAAAGAAGCAUGUGAAAUUUUCAGUUGCGCCCUUGCUUUUUGGGUCCAAAAGAAUGUUACUGGUUGCGCUGAAACUACCCAAGAAAAGGAAAUACAAACGUUCUAAAAGACGGUCUACAUUUUUUAUGGACCAUCAAAGCAUUGCCGAUGAUCAGCAGACAUCAACAUCAGAAACUGGUCUUGCUAAGGACAUAUCAUGUAAAUCCCAUAGACGCAAACACUCCCGUGCGUCUGCAAGUCUGGAUACUGGUGAUCAGAUGCUCAACAAGAACCAACAUCUUGCUGGUGACUCUAGUAGUGCUGCUGACCUUCCCAUGGGCAGGAAAGACUACAAGGAUGCAGCACUUGCUAGUGCUGAGCUACCACACUCAUGCCCAAGUUUGGUUGCAGACCCUACGGAUUCAAUAAAUUGUGCAGAUGCAAACAAGAGAAUUCCUCGGCAUUUUGAUCUCCUCACAAGGGGUUUGAGUGAAAUUACUGUUCCACGAUGGGUUGACAUUGACAUGCCAUAUACAAAGACAACAGAGUUUCAACAUAUGAGGACCAACAGCAUUGGUUAUGUGCUAGAUCAAUGGGACGAGGAGUAUGACCAUGGCAGGAGGAAGAAGGUGAGGAGAAAGUCGAAGGACGAGUACGGUGGGCCGAACCAUUUCCAAGAGAUAACCGAUAUGAGAUCACGGCAGGGGAAGAGACUAAAAUCUGGCCAGACCAGACCGGGGAACCAGCCCCUCAGGAUAUGACUCACUGCUAGAGUAGCAGAUUGUUGUUGUAUCUUUCAGUUUUGGCAUUGUUGUUCUUUGUUUUCUCUCUUUCAGUGUCUGUGUUAUGUAAGAGAAUCGGGACAGAUCAUUGAAGCUCUCAGUGUCUUUCUUAUGUAAAAGAAUUGGGACAGAUGUGGAGUAAUUGUUACUGCAAAAGUGGAACAACGAAGUACUCCCAUCUUAUAUUA